AUGCUAGAACAAUUGACCCCAAGUAAACCUGAAAAAUCUGGUCUCAAAACACUAGAUUCUUUCGCAAAUCAUUCUGAGUCCGAGUCUGAGACAACAGAGUCUGAAACUAGUAACAUUUCAAAAAUUGAAAAUGCUUUCAUAAACCUAGAAGCCCAAAUUGAACCCAAAGUCAAAAAAUUAGAAAAACAUAUAAGCCCUACUAGCUUAACCAGAAAUUGGUACCCUAGACCAACACCCCCAGAUAUCCAAUUUGAAGAAAGAAACCUCCAAACCCAGUUUUCAGUUUCUUCUGAUAAAUUGUAUGAAUGGAACAUUGAUGGUCUUUCUGAGCAAGAAAUCUUUAAUAAGCUACAACAUAUGUCUAUGGUUGCCAAUAGUUAUAUCACCAAUCACAGUUUCAGACAGUCUGAAAUUGUACCUCUGUUAGUCACUGGAUUUACUGGUACUCUCAGGUAUUGGUGGGAUAAGCACUUAACCCCUGAGUCUAAGAACUUAAUCAUUCAUGCUGUAAAACUUAAUGAAGAUGGUCUCCCUAUAUUUGACGAACAUGUAGGUCACGGUAUAGAAGACGGUGUCAACACUUUGUUUUACACAAUAAUUGAGCAUUUUAUUGGAACCCCUAGCAAUACCACUGCUAGGAUACAUGAUCAGUUGAGCAAUCUUAGAUGCCCCAAGUUGUCUGAUUUCAGAUGGUAUAAAGAUGUUUUCAUUUCUAGAGUUAUGCUUAGAGAUGAUAGUAAUCAACCUUUCUGGAAAGAAAAAUUUGUUAAUGGUCUUCCGAAUCUAUUUGCCCAUAAGAUACGCACAACCUUAAGUAAUGAGCAAGGUCAUAUAGAUUGGGAUAGUUUGACUUAUGGAAACAUUAUAAGUACAAUCAACCAGGUUGGAAUGAAAAUGUGUAUUGAUUUCAAAAUUGGUAAACAAAUACAGUCCGAUAGGAAAUCAGCCAAAUAUGAGCUAGGCAAUUUCUGUGAACAGUAUGGUCUUGCCAGUAUUCCUCCUUCCAAGAAAAAUAAGCCCAAUUAUUUUCGAAAAAAUCGUCAUUAUUCUCGUAGGAAGCAGUUCUCCCAACAUAAUAAUGAUGAUCGUGAGUUUUAUAAGAAAAGAAAAUCUUCUCCUAAGAAAAAUUGGUCCAAAGCCCCGAAAGAUGAAGAAAAAGAGAAGCUGAUAAAAGUCUUAGAGUUGCGAGACUCUGAAACAAGCAGUGUUGAAACCCUAGUAGCCAGUUCUGAGUCUGAAUCUGACCAGUUCUCAGAUUCCCAAAUAAGUUCACCGGACAUCCAAAUUGGCUGUAAUGAUAAAUGCUGUAACAGACUAAAAUCUAUCUCUGUUCUUACUAAACAGGAAGAACAAGAAGAAUUGCUAAUAGAAUUAAUAAGCAAAGUGGAGAAUCCGGAUUUAAAAUCCGAGUAUUUGAAAAAAUUAAGAAAGGUUAUUAGUCAAGAAAGCUCAAGUCAGCCUACCCCUCAGCCGAGUGAAAACUAUGCCAUUGAACAAGAUUUAAUUCACAUAAUGGAAAAAGAGUCCUCUGAGUCUAAAAGCCAGUCUGGAAGUCCACAUAAUUCUGAUGAUGAACCUCCAGAAGAUCAACAAGUAGUCAACCUAAUUCGACAGGUAGAUUAUGAUGGUGUCAUUUCUACUUAUUUAGGGGAAAAGGUUAAAUUUGAGUUUUUAUCUAAGCCAGAGUUGCAUAACCUAAGAGCUUUGCAAAAGCAGUCGGUUUCUAAAAAACAACAUGUUGUUUAUCUUCCUUAUAUCAAAACCUUUAGUGAGAAGAACAUUCCUACUAAAGCCAGGCCAAUUCAGAUGAGUCAAGAAAUAAUGGAGUUCUGUAAAAAAGAAAUUCAUGAGUUACUUGAAAAGAAAAUAAUUCGCAAAAGUAAAUCCCCUUGGUCGUGUCCUGCUUUUUAUGUCCAGAAAAAUGCUGAACUAGAAAGAGGAGUCCCAAGACUAGUUAUCAAUUACAAGCCACUUAAUUCGGUCCUAGAAUGGAUUAGGUAUAAGACUGCGUUUGUCACCCCUUUUGGUCAUUACGAAUGGAAUGUAAUGCCUUUCGGUCUGAAAAAUGCUCCUAGUGAAUUCCAGAAUAUCAUGAAUGAAAUUUUCAAUCCUUAUAGUCAUUUCUCAAUUGUCUAUAUUGAUGAUGUUCUUAUCUUCUCUGAGUCUAUAGAACAGCAUUUGAAACAUUUGCAUAAAUUCCUUCAAAUUGUCAAACAAAAUGGUUUAGUUGUCUCUGCCAAGAAAAUCAAGUUAUUCCAAACCAAUAUCAGAUUUCUUGGUUUCAAUAUCUGUCAAUCACAAAUCUCCCCAAUUGAUCGAGUCAUCCAAUUUGCUGAUAAAUUCCCUGAUCAAAUUCUUGAUAAAAGUCAACUCCAGAGAUUUCUAGGAUCUCUAAAUUAUGUUUCUAACUUUUACCAAAAUCUGAGAAAACAAUGUAAGCCCUUGUUUGAUAGAUUGCAGAGUAAUCCUCCCCCAUGGUCAAAUAUUCAUACUGAAAUUGUCAAGCAAAUCAAAGCCCAUGUCAAGACACUUCCCUGCCUUGGCAUUCCUUCAGUUGAUUCCUUCAAAAUAGUUGAAACAGAUGCCUCUGACACAGGUUAUGGUGGCAUUCUGAAACAAAGAGCUUGUCCGAAUUCUCCAGAACAGAUUGUUCGAUGCACAAUGGCACCCAAAAAAGACAAACAAAAAGAGUCAACCAGCCAAUCUAAGUCAUCUCAGUCGCCUUCCCAGUCGCUCAAAAUCCUUCCUGCAUCUAUGAGUCAAAAUAAGCCAGAAAUCCCUAAGCAGGUGGUUCCCUACCCAGGUCACCCACCAAUCUCAGUUGCCACACCAAUCUCAAUUGCCAAUAGGUUCUCUACCUUAGGAUCUACAGCUGGCCAAAUACGCCCUAGCUAUCAGUCAACCCUAAUCUCCAGUUAUGAUCCCUUCUUUGGGGACUCCCCAGCUGGACCCUCAGUUGCCUUCAAAAAGUCAUCCCCUUAUAUGCUCAAAAGUACUUCCCACUUAUUUGUUCUUGAGCCAGUUUAUGAUGUUCAUUCUGAUCCAGUUGAAAUAGCCAAACACUAUUUUCCUCCUGGAUUUCAUUAUAUGCCCCCCAGUUCAUAUAAGUCCCUCAAGUAUUAUAGAGAUAUAUUACUUGAAACCCAAUCAGUUGAAAUUAAGCCGAUAAGGGAUAAAGAUCACCCAGAGAUCAUCCUUUAUCAUUCUCUUUAUAUUCAUAAGAUUCCUAUUCCGCGUCCAGUCUCCCCUACUGGUUCGACCCGAUCUUCUCUCUCAGUUGAAGGAAAAUCGAAGUCCGAACUCCAAGAAAUUGCCCGCCAGUUGAUUAUCCAAGCCUCCCAGAGGGAUGAUGAUGAAGACAAUGAUUCCCCUUCAUCAUCUAGUUGCCAGCCCAUGCAAAGUCCUGCCAAAAAGAAGUCCUGGUUUGAAGACAGCUAA